AAUAGUCACAAGCCUUUGGUACUUUACACUGCAUCAACAAAAUGUAGCCACCACAAGGAACCACGCUGGUGGAUCUUGAAUGAUUAAGACAUGUCCUACUCAAUUGCUAUGAUGUUUUGUGAACACAAGAAUAUUGAUAAGCAGGGUGGAGGGACCCGGAGGACCAGGGGCGAAUACCAAUCGUCAUGGGUGAGAGUAGACAGAUAGCAGGGCUGAUACCGUGGCUCCAUCCUUAUAAACUUUGCAUGUGGUAGAAGAUAGGAGUUGUCAUAGUACCCAAAGACAGAAAGGCCAGAGCUGACACAGACGAAAUGUGGCGUGGAAUUAAGGAUUCCAGUUGCAGUUUGUAGGCCAUUUCACAGAGGAAGCUUUUUGUCCUUCUCUUUUACACUUGCUUUCCAAUGUUGUCCAGAUGUUCCAGGACAUCUACUGUCAUGCAAGUGAACAUCUCUAAGGGGGUUCUGAUAUGUCGAGAGGAAAAACAGUCCACCAUUUCACUACUAAAAAGAGCACAUGUGAAUGUCACGCUCUUAUAAUAUGCAGACUAAGCGCAGUAGAUGCUCGCUCGAGGUUGGAGCCUUCAGGAAAUUGCACCCUGAAAGCCAAUGACAACAAAGUGCCAGGAACAAGGGGGAGCAGCGUGCUCGUGGUGCUUAUGAAAGAGGAGCAAAAGGGGGGGGGGGGGGGAGGAGACAGAUUGGUUUCGAUACUUUCCAAAAUAGUAGCAGGGAUAUACACCGGGAACACCAAUGCAAUAGGGUGCGCCGCUUUUGUAAUCUCGGUCGUACGCGGUCGGUAGUUUGAUCCAAAGUCCAGGGAGAGGACUCUGGUGAUCCUUUGCAGAUCUCAGACCUCUGCAGACCCAAAAAUCUAUAGAUUCCUGUUGCUUGAGUCUUCUGUUAUCUUUGUGCAGCUUCCAUAUAGAGCAGAUUCCAUUGCGUUAUACUGUUUAACGUGGCGUAAAACAAUACAUUUGACAGUAGCGGGUUUUAUCUGGACCAUGUUCAAAUGAAAACUGCAGUCACGUGUAAUAAACGCAAGGAAGUAUUCUCGUGUUGAGCUCAUGUGGUAUUAGCUUCACAAUGUCCAGCCAAGUCUGGGUUUUGGGGGCUUCAGAAUUCAUAUUUUCAGAUUUAUGUAGGUAUGACAAAGAAAUUAUAGACUAGAGUGGUCGGUCGCUCAAAGACCAGCUUCGCUUUUCAGAACUCGGUGUGAAUUACUGUGCAAUUUUCUGCAGCAUAGGCAAUGGUGAGUGGCGGAGUUGACCAAGGCAAGUCCGCCCUUUAUGCAAAUAAGUAGCAGUGACUAAAUAAAAACAGCAUGUGGUUGAUACUACUACGCAGUGCCUACCCUGCUCUUUGGAAGCUGCUUGUUGACGCCAUUUGGUUUUCUUUCUUUCAUUUUCAGUUUUUUCCUGGGAUGCUGGUCUCUUUGGCAAUUCUCUCAUCUUUCCUUCAUUUAACCCGAGAAUACCACUGAACCACUUCAAGAAGUUCUAUUGCCCAUGUUCUUAUUAGGAAUGUGCAUUUUUGCCUUUUUUUUUUUAAACUUGUGACUGGAAUGGAUGACUUUUUUUGUUCUAUGACAGUAGUCUGAGGUGCCUGGCCUGCCAGCGGGGAUGUCCAGAGCCACAAGAUCAGCUUCUCGGUCUCGGAGUCACUCGAGAUCCCGGUCCCGAUCGCGCUCCCGAUCCCGGUCCACCUCGCACUCUCAAAGAAGUCACUCCCGCUCGCGCUCCAGGAGACAUCGAUACAGCUCUAGGUCACGGUCUCGAUCACGGUCCCGGUCAAGAUCUCAAUCGCCACUUUAUAACCGCGACAAGAAAUAUCAGAACAGCCGUGAGUUACGGGGAUAUCACCGCGGCUUCCGGAGGCCGUACAACUUCCGAGGCAGAGGACGGGGCUACUUCUCACGUGGACGAUACCAGCGUGGUGGUGGUGGUGGCGGCGGCGGCAGCAGAGGUUACAAUAACAACAACAACAAUUAUAAUUUUCGUAACAACUGGAAAAAUUACAAGCAGAACCCGCAGAAGCAGCAAAAACAGCAGCAUCAAAACCAGUCCCGAGGGCGACCCUACCUCCAGAAAUUCUCUGGAAGCCCCCCUCCUCCAGGACAAUCCCACCACACUGACCGAUCCCCUUCUCCAUUAUCAAGGCAAUCUCAACAUUCUAACGCUUCCUCUCAUGGCUCUUCUCCCAAAGCCCCUUUGGUGGCUAAUCAGAGUUCCAACAAUGUAAAAGAGGAGCUCUUGGCCAAGGAGGCCCAGAAAGAAGGGGCAGAUGGGGAGCAAUUUGAGGUGGGAGAUGCCCAAGGUCCAGGUGGUGGGUCAACUGAGGGGGGCUGGCAUAUCCUGACUGAAUACAACAGCAGUCCAAAGAAAGCCAGUCCAGAAAAUCUUGCUGUCAAUCUUCAGAACAGCCAAAACUCAAACCAGACUGGUAGCUCAUCUCAGAAUGACACCAGCAAUGGUGCCCCCUCUUGGGAGACGGUGUGUAAUGCACCAAGUACACAAAUGUCACAGGAAGCGCUAAACCAAAUGCUUUCAAGCCUUGACAUGUUCAAGAGCGAGGAAUUCCCUGAUGGAGACAAAGCAGCCAUCUCCAUCGCUUUCAGAAAGUUUCUGAAGGAGCACAAUAAAAAACCCAAACCCAGUUGGGAAAACAAGAGCACAGAGGCAAAUACUGUAGACGAUGAAGCCGAUAUAAACGGUCCAGCACCGGCAGGUGUCGCUGAGCCACCAUCAAAGUGCCACACAGAAGACCUCAACGGCAAAGUGACUUUAAAUCAUUUACUGAAGGAUUCUCCUUCUGCAUCUGAGGCGGAGGAGGACGGAAUCCUCCGCAAACCUCACUCAAAGUCACAGAACAAAGACAGGCACAAUGGAGAUGUUGACAAAGCGAAUCCAAAGGUUGUUCAUUCAUCCAGAGAGCCGGUUGAUGAGUGCUUUGACAGAUGGCAAAGCGUGGCCUCCUCGCAGGGAGCCGACAGCGAAUCCAGCGCUCUCGGAGAGGAGAGGUACAAUGCGCUGCAAUUGGCUGCCAUUGCUCGGCGGGAAAUGUCGGGAACCUUUGAAGAGCUGGGUUGCAAACCCAUGAAAAUAUCGAAAUCUCUCUCGACGCCAUCUCCCGUGCCACUGUUGAGGCGGAACUCUGACAGGGAGAUGUUUCUGAUGACAGAGGAGGACUCAGCGUUGUUGUCCUUGAGAAAACCUGAGCCCAAGAUUAAUGUCAGAAUGGAUUUCCUUGGAGACAGCAUGAUCGGCACUUCCGAGAUUUUAGCUCAGGAGCGACAGUUGUCUCAGGACCUGGUGCAAUCGUCAAAGAGAGGUCAGGAGUUCCGCUCCAUCUUUCAACACGUUCAGACUGCGCCGAUGCAGAGAACUACCGCCGAGCUGUUUGCUCAGCACAUUGUGACCAUCCUGCACCACAUCAGAGCUCAUCACUUUGCCUCUUCCCGAAUGACUCUCAAUGAGCGAUUCACCAUGUACCAAAGGCAAGCUGCAGCGAGGGAGAGCAUGAAACCCCGAAAAAGCCCAGAGAUUCACAGGAGAAUUGACGUAUCACCAAGUGCUUUUAAGAAACACUCACAGGUUUUUGAGGCAAUGAAAAGCUCAGAGGAUGGCACUAACAAGGAUGUUGGGGAAAAAACAAAGGGUGGCCCAAUGGACCUUCGGUUGGAUAUCGAACGGCGUAAAAAGUACUCCGGCCGUGAACGAGAUUACGAUCAGGACGGGCUUGCUGACUCCCCAGACACUAAUCGCGAGAAACCCGAAGAAACGUUCCCCAAGAAAUCAAAUGAGAGUAAGUGCUCUCGCUCCAGGUCAUCUUCCUCAUCGUCCUCCUCAAAGUCCCUUCAGGGUGACGUGCCCAAGGCCGAGCUCAAAAGCGACGGCUUUAACAGGGCUCGGCUAGCUUCGACUGAGACCACUGCAGAGAAACAAACAACGUGGAGGGAAUUUCAAGUACGAUUUCGCGGAAGAGGCUGGAAGAAGGGCAACCACCCGGGAGACUGCAAUCCAGACAUUGCAGGAGCACCCAAAGACGAAGACUGGGAUAAGGAAAGUCCCCCAAAGAGCAGAGCAUACUACUUGCACGAUGAUAGAGACGCCAAGGUAGAAGCCAGCAAGCAGAUGGACAACCGAGGAGGGCUCGGCGGAGGUGGCUUGUCACGUGGAUGGCCGAGGUUUAUCAUACGAAAAACCAACGUCGGGGGAGCCAACAUCACGUGGGCCCAAGAUAAGUUCCUGGUCAACGGAGAGAAAAGUGGCAUGCAGGAAGACCAUACAGAACGGCAAAAGAAAGAUGGAAAUACUUGAGCGUCCACAUCUUAAGAGACCGUUCUCAAACGGGAUCCGAUUCGCAUCCACUGGAAUAAUCGACAAACGCCGAUUCCAGAAGUUUAACAUCUGACUUCAGUUCUUUCAAGAUGACUCACUGGUACUUGACAGUCACGGUGCAUUACUGUUUCACAUACCUUACCUGGUAAUAGUUUUUGUUUUGAGUGCCAGUACAAAAAAAAAAAAAAAAUUCUGGUUUGUGCCUCCAACUUGUCACAAAGUUUUUAAAAUUCAAAGACCGCAUCAGUUGGGGAGGGAAUGCUGGGGUUAAAAGAAUGGUGGAUUAAACUGUUGAAUUGUACGACGCUUUUUUUGUAGUUCUAGUUGUGUCUGAUACUGGAGGGAUGGAUUGAAGAGCACUUUUGUUGGCCUGGAUCAGACAAAGGGACCAACUUGUAAAGGGUCAUCAAAAAGUCAAGUCAUCUGUCAGAUUUACAAUAUCUUAGCAUAAAGCAAACUACCUGGACUUUCGUAACAUUGUGGUCACGUUUUGAAUUUCUGUUAUUCACAGUAGGAGCUUUAGCUGGCUAGAUGUAGAAAAGAACACGUCAUUGGGUGAUGUGUCAAUGAUCUCAAAUGACAUUUUUUUUAACAUGGUCGAAACUUUAAACACAGAAUUAGCAUUUUCGUUUGCCAAAGUAUCUUAAAAUGAUGUGUUUACGUCUGCUUGGCUUCCAUAGUAUACACGCGGAGUGUUUACAUGAAAUAAUUUAUACGAAUUAUAAAGAUGAUUCAAAGGUUGUGCUGAAUGGUUUUCACUGGGUCAAACGGUGUGCAUAAUUUGCAGUUUGUAGAAUUUGUGUUCACCUGGUGUGCCUGUUUGUGUUAUGCUGGAGCUAAAGGACUUUCGAAUAAUCUCGGGUGUUUGCUUUUGAAAACUGUUUUAUUAAAUGGAACACUGAGGACAA